GAAUCGAACGUCCGUGUGGGAGCCGCCGGCUGGCCGGGCUGCGCGUGGGCCAAUCAGCGGCGUCGGCUCGCGGCCCCCGAACGUUGGGCCCGGCGGCUCCGCCCCGCGCUGUUGUUUGCGGCGUCGGCGCGGCCGCGCGAGCCGAACCACAACAUUCGCCGGGCGGCGGCGGCGGCGGAGCUGUGAGCGCGAGCCUGGGGCGGCUGCCCAGCGCCAUGUCGGUGAACACGGACGAGCUGCGGCACCAGGUCAUGAUCAACCAGUUCGUGCUGGCCGCGGGCUGCGCGGCCGACCAGGCGCAGCAGCUGCUGCAAGCGGCGCACUGGCAGUUCGAGACCGCCCUAAGCACGUUCUUUCAAGAAAGCAACAUUCCCAACAGCCACCACCACCCGCAGAUGAUGUGUACUCCCAGCAACACCCCUGCAACACCACCCAACUUCCCAGAUGCGCUGGCCAUGUUCUCCAAGCUUCGAACUUCUGAGGGCCUACAGAGCGGCAGCAGCCCCAUGACAGCUGUAGCCUGCUCCCCCCCUGCAAACUUCAGCCCCUUCUGGGCCGCAUCCCCACCCAACCACCAGGUGCCCUGGAUCCCGCCCUCUUCCCCCAACACCUUCCAUCUCCACUGCCCACAGCCCACGUGGCCCCCCGGAGCAUCACAGGGGGCUGCCCCUCAGAAAGCCAUGACAGCCAUGGAUGGCCAGAGAUGAGACUGGACGCCACUGGGCUGGAGCGGGGGGCAGUCCAGGGUUGUGGGGACACAGAAGAGGGCCGGGAGGGGGGAAGGCAAGAGGGCGGGGGGAUUUCUUCAAGAUCGCACUGGAAGAUUUUAUAAGAGAAGUUUUGUGGUGGGGGACAGUAACCAUCCUGAGCCACUUGGGUUCUUCAGGAGAGUCUCUUUGGGAAAGUUUUUUUUCCUCUUUUUAAUAUAUAACUAUAAUAUAUAUGAAUAUAAAUUUAGCUGAUGUUUGUGAGAGUGGGGGCUGCACACGUGUUCCUGUCAGAGGCGAUGCUCACAGUCCUUCCUUGUCAGCACCUCUUUCUCUGCCCAAAGGGGAACAAAGGGGUGCUUGUAGAUGGAUCCUGCGAGCGGGUGCUGCCCCAUGAGAAGCACACCAGCCACUAGGAAGCCCCACCCCCAAGGGAGGUGGUCCCAGAAGGGUCCUCGGAAUCAUGGACUUUUCUGCCCCAUUACUGGUAGACAGUUGUCAUCUCUGCUGGUGGCGCCUCUUGUUGACUCUGAAACCUGUCACCCGAUCACCAGCUAGGUGUGCAGAGCUGAAGACUUGGCUGCCCUCUGAUGAGUGCAUACUGUCCCAUCCCUUGCUGUUCUGUGUGUGUGUCCACGGUCAGAGGACCGCCACCCAGGAGAUACUGCCUUUGGAUUGAGUUCCCAAAUUAAAAUCGUCGCACUGGGGUGCAAUUUUAAUUUAAAAACGACUUUUCUAACUUUC